AUGCUGAAUGCCUUGGGAUUUGGUGUUAUUAAACUAUUGCUGUCCUUGAUUUAUGCGAGUGCAGAGUUGAGACUGCGAGUGACGGAGGUGGUGGUGCCGCCCUUCCUGGUGAUCGGUCAGAGGGCGAGACUCCGCUGCCACUUCGCUCUCGAGGGCGAGGUCCUCUACUCCUUGAAGUGGUGGAAGGACGGAAGCCAGUUCUACCAGUUCAUCCCGAGGAACGACCCCAAGAUGGUGGUAUUUAGCGUCGCUGGAGUCACGGUCAAUGCAGAGAAUUCCAACCUGCACGAGGUGGAAUUAGUGGAUGUCCAGACUUCGUCAAGUGGUCAGUACAGGUGCGAGGUGGUGGCAGAAGCGCCCACUUUUAACACCCACGUUCUCUCUGCCAACAUGACUAUCAUAGGUAAGAAUAGAGAAGAGACGUCCCCGACGGACCCCCCGUGGUACGAGGCCUCGCCGAGACCUACAGGGAAGGUGACGUCAUUCGCCUCAACUGCACCUCCUACCGGUCCCGCCCCCCCCUCGGCUCUCGUGGGAGGUGGAGAGGAAGUUCCCCCACCCGGCGGGGGGUACACCAAGGAGUUUACGAAGGUGGCCGGGUCACAGGUCAUCAGGUAUCGACCCGUGGCGAACCGACCCGACGUCCUCGCCCCCCGCCCUCCUCCCCCUCCCUCCCCGCCACCCCACCUACACGGUCACCCUCGGCCUGGUCCUGGAGGGCGCACCGGAGGUCAGCGUCGAGGGCUUCUUUAA